AUGUCGUGGUUACCGUGGUUGAUGUUUGUGAUGGUGGCGUGCGCGAGUGCGGAGCAAUCUAAACUUAGAGUGCUAGUGGUGUUCCCGUUUCCGAGCAAGAGUCAUACCAUACUCGGCGACGGUGUCGUCAGGCAUCUACUCAAAGCAGGACACGAGGUCACCUUCAUCACACCUAUCGUUAAGAAAAAUGUAGACCCAAAUCUUCGCCAAAUUGACGUCAGUGAUAAUUUCAAAAUAAUUGACAUUUCAGCCGAUUUACUAAGCCUAAAGGCUCUGAUGGAUAAAACAAGUACAAUAUCGUUCAUGACAUCAAUCCAAGUAACAAUGGACGUCAACAACAUGACAUUCCACAAUACGAACGUUCAGAAGUUGUUGAGGGACCCAAAGGAACAAUUUGACGUUAUCAUCGCUGAGUGGAUGUAUAAUGAGUUGUAUUCUACAUUCUCGGCUAUCUUCGGGGCACCCUUUAUAUGGGUAUCUACAGCUCAGCCCCACUGGAUGGUACUGAGGUUAAUAGACGAGGCAAGCAACCCAGCAUAUACCUCAGAUAUUGUAUCAUCAGUGGUACCACCAUUUUCUUUUUACGAAAGGGUCCAACAACUAUUCAUGCAAAUUAUGGCAUUGGGAAUGCAGAAAUUGUUUAUAAACCCAAAGGUGGAUGUAAUUUAUACUUCUUUAACGCCGUUUAUAAGACAAAGAGGCAGAGAAGUCCCGGAAUUUGAGGUGUUGAAAUACAACGCUUCCUUGAUGUUGGGCAAUUCGCAUGUCUCUAUGGGGUCUUCGCCAGCACUGCCACAAAGCUACAAGGCUGUCGGAGGAUAUCACAUUGAUACUGACAUCAAACCAUUGCCAACGGACUUGCAGAAGAUUAUGGACAAUGCAAAAGACGGAGUAAUAUACUUCAGCAUGGGUUCGAAUCUAAAAAGCAAGGAUUUACCCGUGGAGGUAAUUCAGGGGCUGCUGAAAGUAUUGGGCAGUUUGAAACAAACUGUACUGUGGAAGUUUGAGGAAGUUUUGCCGGGAUUACCCAGUAACAUCCACAUCCUACAGUGGGCACCGCAGCUCAGCAUACUUGCACAUCCAAACUGUAAGCUCUUCAUUACACACGGAGGACUGCUGUCUACAACUGAGACUAUCUACUUUGGAAAACCUAUUAUUGGAAUACCUGUGUUCGCCGACCAAUUUGUGAACGUAGAACGAGCCGUGAAAGCCGGUAUAGCAAAAAAAGUCGAUCUAUCUUAUAAUAUAGCUGAUGAACUCAAAGUAGCUAUACACGAAAUUCUGAACGACCCUAGUUACACUCGUAAAGUAGAGGAGUUGUCAUUCGUGUACCACCACCGUCCCGUGUCGCCGGGGGCGGAGCUGGUGCACUGGGUGGAGCAUGUGGCCAGGACCCGAGGCGCGCCUCAUCUGCGCUCGCCGGCGUUACAUGUGCCGCUCUACCAGAAGAUGUAUCUAGAUCUAGCUGCUGUUGUAUUCAUUAUACUUAUUGCUAUAACCAAACUCAUCAAAAGACUGUUCAGAAAAAAGAGUACUGAGAAAAAGAAAAAGACGAAUUAA